CGCCAGUUGUCUUAAAUAUUUUUCUAUAAAAGUUCGUUGAGAGUUGCAAAACGGUAUUAAUUUUAGCGACACACCCACAGCUACAACAUGAAGAUCUUCCUUUGUCUGAUGGCAAUUUGCUCGGUAGCCAAUGCUGGUUUCUUAUUCGGCGGGGGUUUUGGUGGUAACGGGGCCAGUGGUGGUGGCUGGAGCAAUGGUGGAGGCUGGAACAAUGGCGGCGGUUCCGGUGGAUGGUCAAAUGGUGGAGGAGCAUCUGCAGGACCUAUAACUAUUCUAAAGAUUAUAUCUGAAGUACCUGCUACUGGUGGAUCCAAUGGCGGCGGCUGGUCUAAUGGUGGUGGUUGGUCGAAUGGCGGUGGUUGGUCCAGUGGCGGUAGUGGUGGAGGCGGAGGUGGAUAUGGUGGUGGCGGCGGAUAUGGAGGUGGCUAUGGUGGAGGCGGUGGUUACGGAGGCGGCGGUGGCGGUGGUUAUGGAGGAGGUGGUGGUGGCGGCGGAGGCCUCACUAUAAUUAAAGUCAUCUCAGAAGGCGGUGCUGGAGGCGGCGGAUAUGGCGGUGGUCAUGGAGGAGGUUUUGGUGGUGGCCAUGGAGGUGGUUUUGGUGGAGGCCAUGGAGGUGGUUUUGGCGGAGGCCAUGGAGGUGGAUUUGGCGGUGGUUUUGGUGGAGGCCAUGGAGGCGGCUAUGGAGGUGGUCAUGGAGGAGGCUAUGGUGGCGGCUCUGCUGGAGGCAUCUCCAUUAUUAAGAUUAUCUCUGGAGGAGGUGGCCCAUGGGCAAAAUCGUAAAUGUUAAAAAUCUGUGAAAAAAUAGUAAAUAUAGUCACGUUAAUUGUUAAAAAUAA